AUGGGUGUGAAGGGGGAGUAUUUUCUUACUUACUUAGAAAGUCUUGGUUGUGAAGCAGUUGUUUUAUUCUUGGAGCCUGGUGAUUCUUGUCUUCAACAGUUUGGAACAGAAAAAGGAAUCAACUUUUUGAAUAAAAAUGAAAAAAUUGGUGUCAAUUUCGUUGAGUAUUUGGAUUCUCCAAAACAGGUUGUCAGAAAGUACCGGGUGUGUGAUGUGAUAAAACUAUUCAACCAGAAAUACAGUGAAGCUUGUGGGAAAAUGUGCCGAGUACCUUAUUUAAAAGGAGGAUUUACUGUUACUGGUUUGCCAGAAGGUAUUACAUUUAAAAAACCCAGUCAGUAUGGUAUUAAACAGAUUUCCAACAUGAAAAAUGCGCAGAAUAUUCAUUUCAAAAUAAUCGAAUCACCGCAAGUAGAAAAAGUUUUGACAGAGAAUCGUAAAUAUUCUGAUCAAGAGAGAGAAUGUUACCGAUCUGUGUUGAAGAAAGUUGUUUUUGAAGAAGCCAAAGUAUCAAUGUGCUUGAUACGUAACAAGCUGAUUGAAGAAUGCGAUUUGGUGGUAACUGAUGUAGAUUUGACAAAGUCAGAGCUUGAUUUGUUGACUGGGAAACUUAAAAAUUUUUUCAAACCUGAUGCCUUUGCGACUCUUAUUGCCAACUGUAAAAGCAGUCGAACACACGAAGGAUACAUUCUUCCGGUUUAUACUGACUAAUCCUUAACA